AUGGCGAGCAAGCGCCUCGACGCCGUCAAGCUGGCCAAGAGCUCUCGCUGGGACGAUCUCCGCCGUCUCGUCGACUCGGAGCCCGCGACCGCCCAGCAGGUCGAUUCCUACGGGAUGCUGCCGCUCCAUUGGGCGUGCACCGAGCCGCAGUCGAUCAGCGAGGGCGUGCUCUUGGCGUUACUUAAGGCGUUUCCCGCCGGCGCUCGGGUACCAAACACGGCCGAGAUGCUGCCACUUCAGAUCGCAAUCAAGGCCCAAGCGCGCAUUGAAUGGCUCCAAGCGCUCCUCGCUUCCUACCCGGACGCGGUGCUGAAGAAGGCCAUGACUGGCGAGACCGCUGUCCAGCUCGCGCGCCGAGCCGGACUCCCGAGCCGCAGCGUCAAGUUACUGGAGGAGAUGUACCACCACGUGUGUACCAAGGAGGGGCUGCCGGACCAGCUGGCUAUGGACGAACGGGAGGCGCAACAGCAGCUGGGACCCCAAAGGCAGCUGCAGCAGCAAGUAGAAGACGAAGAAGCAGACGAGUCGAAGCAGCGGGGGCUGAGACCGUCCGAGAGGUUCCAAGCUAUUGCAGGGGACGUGGUGCCGCUGCCCCAGCGGGCGAGCGGCGUGCAGUUUGGCCAGCGCCCUCGUCGACUGAGCAGCACGGCGUCGCUCAAGUUGCGGUCGUUCUCGGACAAUGACUUUUACACCCAGCGGACAAAUGCUGGAGCUACUUCAACGGCUGUAGCAGGACCGAGUCCGUGGUCGCCACGCCGGACCAUGGAGACGGUGCAAAGGCCACCGUCGAUUGUGUCGCAGCGACCGUCCGUGUCGACUCGGAGUGCUGUGUCGCUGCCCCCGCGCUGGAUGAAUGCCCCGAGUUGCAGUAUCUGUGCCCAGAAGUUUGGCACGUUUAAAAAGCGGCAUCAUUGCAGGAAUUGCGGACAAUCGGUCUGUCGCGACCACUCGGCACGCGAGCGGAUGAAGCUGCCGCACUAUGGACUGAAUGACCGUCAUCGCGUCUGUGUCGUGUGCCACGACGUGCUGCGCAAUGCUGGUCGCCAACUACGCCAGCAACAGAUUACGACGCAGGUGGCACAGCGCACGGUUCCGCUGACGCGUACGAGUCAAGCGUUUGAAAGUGAGGUGCGUCGCUCGGACGAAGCGCAGCGCUCGCCGCCAAAUAUGCUCGAGCGUCACGUCUCGGCGCCAGCACGUGCAUCGAACUCUGUCGCAGGGGCGAAUCAAGGCGGGAUUGACGAUGCAGUGAGUGAACAGGUGGCGAAUUUGCAGAAACAAGUCUCGCAGCUUAUAGAAGAGAAGCAACAAGCGGAAAUGCAGCUGCGCGUCCAGGCUGAAAUGCUGAACGAUCCCGAUCGCCUCACGAACGGCUCUCGUGGUAGCAACACGAGUGGUGGCAGCGGUGAUAGUAUCAUGCCAAAAUCGCGUGAUCGACAGUGCUCGUUGCCGAUGCCGAUGCACACGGGCUCGGUGGUGCCAAUUUCAUAUAAAGCAGGUCAAGUGCCAAGCUCUGGCACAUCAACGUAUCGCUCGUCGGGGCAGCCACUGAGUAGGACCCGAAGUGCUGGCUGUUUUCGGCCGACUCGCGAGAUCUACAUUGAUGGCCCCCACGUUGAGAAUGCGUUGCCACCGCAACAAGCGCGGCAGCAGUCGUCCCGUUCCAACCCGAUGGCAGUGAAUGUUGCGCUGCAGAGGACGACACGGCUUCAGGACGCUCUGAAUACAAUUGCUGCCGUAGAAUCAACGUAUGAUGACAUUGAUGAAUCUGACACAGACUCGGAUCUUGAGGGACGUCAAACCGACCUUGCUGACUUCCACGAUGCUGAAGCAGAUGUGGACGCUGAAGUUGAUGACAUUGUAAGGGAGUACCUUAUUGACGAUGACGAUGUCGACUAUGAUGACGAUGACGAUGACGAGGAAGCGAUGGUGGAAGCAGUUAAGGCUGCAACUAUUGCAACAAAUAACGAGAUAGCGGUGGAAGGUGAAAGCGAAAACGAAGUGGGCAGCGACACACUGCCAGAAGUGGAUGUGCUGGUAAGCCUCGGCCAUGUGAUGAUGGAAAAGGGCAGCGUAAGUGCUGCAGUACAGGCUUUCACGCGUGCUGCAGAAAUCCGUCCAGACGAUCCUGCACUUCAUGCGCUACUUGGUCGAGCGUACUAUGCAGAUGAGAAUUUGGACGAUGCAGUGGCUUCCAUUACGAAGUCGUUGUCUCUGGAGCCGUCUGCGACGAACUCUACACUAUUGGGUAAGAUCCUCUUCGAGAAGGGUGACCACGAGAUGGCUAUUGCGGCGUACCAGCGAUCCCUCGACAUGCAGAAGUAA